UUCUCUUUCUCANGGGUACCUUUUAUUUGUCUUUCAAGAAUCUGUACUGUACAUAUUAGCAUUGAGUGUUAGUAUUUGGACAAGGAGGUAAAAGAAUUUGCGAGUUUGUUUCAGGGAUAUUAAGGCAAACUUUGCAUCUAAAAACAGUAACUAUCCAGUGCUUGAUGGGCUCGCAAGCUAUUGAUAUUUCGUGGCCUUCAUCUAUCGUCGAGUCUUUUGACACAUCUUUCGAUAUACAGAUCGAGGAAGAAAAUUCGGCUGAUAAGUUGGAUUUUUUCGAGGAUAAAACCGAAUACUGCAGUUCGGAUAUUUCAAAACCUCCUCCAUUACCGAGGAAAAAGAUAACUACAGAACUUGUAAAUGUUUGUUGUGUUCCAAAGGAGACUAGAGAUUUAUGGGAGAAGCUCUUUAAAAAUGGAUUUGGAGCCGAUGUUCGCAUAAUUUCCAGUGAUGGGUUAUCUAUUUUAGCGCAUCAUAGUGUUCUGAGUGUUGCCUCCCAAGUGCUCGGUUACCUUCUACAGCAGUCGAAAGUUGAGAAUGGUGUAAGACGUAUAAGUAUUCCCGGAGUACCGUAUGGUGCCCUCCGCGCUUUCAUCCGUUUUCUCUAUUCAUCUUGUUUCGAACGAGAUGACAUGAACGAGUUUGUUCUCCAUUUACUGGUUCUUUCACAUUCGUACGCAGUACCAUCUCUGAAAAGAGUAUGUGAGAACUUUCUAGAACAAGUCUGGUUGACUAAAGAGAAUGUCAUAGAUGUUUUGCAGUUAGCUAGAAUCUGUGAUGCUCCACGCCUUUCCCUCGUCUGCAUUCGUAUGGUCGUGAGAGACUUCAAAUGCAUAUCGAUAACCGAGGCAUGGAAAGUGAUGAGACGGUCUAAUCCUUCCCUCGAACAAGAGCUAUUAGAAUCAGUCGUUGAAGCUGAUACAAGGAAACAAGAGAGGAUGAAAAAAAUCGAGGAGAAAAAAGUAUACCUUCAACUGCACGAGGCAAUGGAGGCUUUGCUUCAUAUUAGCCGAGAAGGGUGCAGAACAAUUGGGCCCCGUGAUAAAGUUCUGAACGGAAGCCAAGUGAGCUGUGGUUUUUCGGCAUGCAAAGGGCUCGAGACUCUAAUCCGUCAUUUUUCGUGCUGUAAGGCUAAAGUCCCGGGUGGCUGUGCCCACUGCAAACGAAUGUGGCAGCUUCUCGAGCUACACUCUCGAAUGUGCAACGAUCCCGAUUACUGCAAAGCAUUUCAAGGUGAAAAUGCAGCAGCAGAGGAAGAAAGACGAGGCAAAAUGGAGAGUGUUGGUAAGCAAAGUGGUUGCAGCAAAGAAUGCUCAGAAAUUGCUCUCACCUCGGAGGCGAAGUGUUUAGCCAGUCGAAAAAUGAAGCCUCCUAAUCCUAACACUUGCAUCUUGGAGAAGCAGCACGAACUAGGGUUUUGUAGCAAAAUUCUUAUCGGAGCUUAUAUUUCGUUCACUGCGCUUGUCAUCUUAAUAAGAUCUAAAGGCAACAUGGCAGACGAUGAAAAUCAUAACGAGAUUAAGGAGGGUAUUAAUGAUGUGCACGAUAUAGCUCCUUUUGACCCCACAAAAAAGAAGAAAAAGAAGAAACCAGUACCUCAAGACCUAGCUGAAGAAGAGCCUGUUGACUCGCUAGUAGAGAAAGCUGAGAACUUAUCAAUUUCUGAAACUGGUGAAACCUCUUUUGCUGGUCUCAAAAAGAAAAAGAAAAAGCCGGCACACACUGAUCUUCUGAUUGAGGAAAAAGAGAAUGUUGCAGAGGACUUGGAUGAUGUAGUUGGAGAGGAUGAGGAAGGAGAAGGAAUUGUUUUGCAACAGUAUCCAUGGGAAGGUACUGAUAGGGAUUAUCAUUAUGAAGAACUUUUGGGGAGGGUUUUCAACAUUCUCCGUGAGAAUAAUCCUGAGCUUGCUGGAGAUCGGCGCAGGACGGUUAUGAGACCUCCUCAAGUUCUUCGUGAAGGGACGAAGAAAACCGUUUUUGUGAAUUUCAUGGACUUGUGCAAGACGAUGCAUAGACAACCUGAGCACGUCAUGACUUUCUUGCUGGCUGAAAUGGGAACAAGUGGGUCUCUGGAUGGACAACAAAGAUUGGUUGUGAAAGGGAGAUUUGCUCCCAAGAACUUUGAGGGUAUUCUGCGACGCUAUAUCAAUGAAUAUGUCAUUUGCAAUGGCUGCAAAAGUCCAGAUACCAUCCUCUCAAAGGAGAACCGUCUUUUCUUCCUCCGAUGUGAAAAGUGUGGUUCUGGUCGAUCGGUUGCUCCAAUCAAGGCUGGAUUUGUUGCUCGUGUUGGCAGACGUAAAGCCGGGACAUGAUAGCCCGGGGGCCAGCUGGCUCUUGGAAGUUUUAUGUUUUGAUGUGAUGACCUACUACAAUUUUUUUUCCCUUUUAGUUGAUAAAAAAAACAUCUAGUUUCUCUUUUUAUUUGGGAGUGUUUACAUUCCCUUUUGAUUUGUGCCUUUUUUUUUCUUCAUGUGAUUACCUACUUAUCUCUAUCAACUUUUGAGUAAAUACUGAAGUAUGGAUUUGUUUGUGGAUUAGAGGUGUGUGUAGUUAACAGUUUUGCUAUGAAGCUAUCUUUUUAUAUACAACAAGUAAAUCAUACCAUAUUUUCUAAUUACUUAAAUAAAUAUUAAUAAUUUAUUAAUAUGGUAUAGAGCUAACUGUUGGCUUCAUAUCUAAAUUGGUGCAGUUAAUCUUGUUUCUUUGCUUUUAUUUGGCCAUUCAUAUUUGAUCCAUGAU